AUGGCCGAGAUAUUACCUAUUGGGGCAUUAGGGCUUAUUAUUUGGAAUAAAGAAAAAUCUACGAAGUCCAAAUCCGAAAAUGGUUCUGAUCGAAGUAAAAUUUCAGCGAUGAUAAGCGUAAAAUUAACUGGAAAAAGACAAAGAAGCAGUGAUGAUGUAGGUUUAUUUGGCUCGCAAGAAAGUGAAGACGAUAAAAAACAUAAAGCAAAUAUGGCUCGUUUAUUUUCUAAUUAA